UGAUUCGACGUUUCAAGCGUCAUGGAAACGAGACCGCACGAAUUUGAAUCAUCGAGGAAGUGAGAGGGAUCGGCUUGUCGAAGAAUAAGCGUUUACCGGCGUUUUGCAAUAGUAUUUUUGCGAAGGAAGAAUAUCGCAAAUGAACAUGGCUUUGGUGCCGUUGGAAUCGAAUCCAGAGGUUAUGACGAAGUUCCUUCACAAAUUGGGCGUUCCAAAGAAAUGGUCGGUUUUGGAUGUAUAUGGCUUAGAGUCGGACUUGUUGGCGAUCGUCCCUAGGCCUGUUCUUGCCGUCAUUCUACUCUAUCCUGUUCCCUCAAAGUGUCUUGCUUCUUUCAAGGACAGAUAUAAGACUGAGAAGAUUGAAGAAGACAAAGUAGAAAAAGAUAGCAAGAACAGCACCUCCGAUUCAGUUUAUUAUAUGAAGCAAAGUAUUUCAAACGCAUGUGGGACAAUUGCGUUAAUUCAUAGUGUGGCAAAUAACUUGGACGUCAUACAGUUGGAAGAUGGAUUUCUCAAGAAAUUUUUAGAUGAAACUAAAGGACUCUCGUAUAUCGAGCGUGGUGAGCGUUUUGAGAAAGCUCAAGAUAUUAUUGAUACUCACAUGGAAUCUGCCCAAGAAGGACAGACUGAGGCGCCUGCUGAAGAUGUAGAGGUAUAUUAUCAUUUUGUGGCAUUUAUACAUAAGGAUGGUUCCUUGUAUGAGUUAGACGGUCGAAAGCUUGCUCCUAUUAAUCAUGGCUCAACUACACCAGAGGCACUCCUUGACGAUGCCGCUCGCGUGUGCAAGGAAUACAUGGAACGUGAUCCCACCGAAAUGCGUUUCACGGUGGUUGCACUCGCUGCCAACGAGUAAACUACGCUCUUAUCCUCAAGUGCAUUUGCCUUUAAGCUAAUUUAAGCCCAAAUAAUUUAUUUUAUACGUUAUAUAUACGUUAUAUAAUGUUGCAUACAUUUCGCUUCAGCAACGGCAUUUAUUUUACCAAUUUUCUUAAUUGUCAGCUUUUUUUAAACACUGUGUAGCAUGUUGAUGAAAAAAAAUUUAUACACAGUUGUAUAUUG